AUGGCUCCUCGAUCAGUUCGAUCAAUGGUCGGAACUUCCAAAAAAGAUAUGUUAAAGGGAGGAUUUUAUGAGACCGUAAGGAUACCAUUAUAUAUCUACAGACUAAUAGGAAUACUGCCUAUCAGUGGACUGUGGCAUCGUUCUUCUAAAUACAAUCGUUUCAGUUUAAAAUCCUUUUACACAAUUAUAUAUGCGCCGACGAUUGUCAUGCAAACUUUUCUAUUGUUAGUUCAUAUCUAUGAUCUUUUCGCGUUUUUCUUCGGACAUCAAAGGCUGGGUCGACUCAUUUAUCACAUGAACUUCUACACAAUCACCAUCCUCAUAUUCAUGGGGAGUAGAAAGUGGAAGAACGUUAUAAAGGAGAUUGAGACUAUCGAACUCACGUUACCACGGUUAAGAAACUCCAAGAAAGCACUCGCUCUUACGAAAUCAUUUGUUUUUGCAUUUUUUGUUUUCUCACUGGCGGAGGUUGUUCUAAUUCUACAGUUCACGCUACGACUGACGAAGCAACGCCACGUUCUGCCCGGAGACUCGGGAUUGUACCUCAGAUCGUACUUUGUGUAUAUAUUUCCUUAUCUUUACGAUCAUUUCCCUUUUAGUUAUGUGAUGGGAUUCAUUGUUCAGAUUAUCAAGGUACAAGGCAUAAUUACAUUAAAUAUGGUAAACUGUAGUGUUGUUAUUUUGAGCAUAUAUCUAACGAACAGAUUGAAACAUUACAACAGAAUUGUAUUCGCUAAAGGAAGUAAAACAAAUAACACCAGACUGAAGUGGGUCGAACUGAAUCUUCUAUACACGAGGAUAUCUAACUUGGUUAAGAUUAUAGAUAAAAAUCUGAACCCUUUCGUCUUUAUAUCCUUUACCGCUAAUUUAAGUUAUAUCUGCGCACAACUGUUUUACAUAUUGAAUAAAUUAACAAGUAGCAGGACUGUCAAAAUUACGUCUUUUCUAGAGGAUAAAAGAUCUGACUGGGAAACAGUACUGUACAUAUCAAUUUCCUUCGCUUUAGUUGUGUUGAAAGUGCUUUUGGUCUCCAUCAUCGCCGCUGAAGUCCACACGACGAGCAGAGAACCAUUGCGGCUUCUUUAUACGUUGCCUACUGCUGAAUAUACUAUCGAAACGCAGCGGUUAAUGACCCAAGUUUAUUACUCAAAUUUAUCUUUGAGCGGACUCAACUUUUUCCAUAUUACGCGUGGAAUGUUGUUAGGGAUGGUGGCUACUCUGUUGACGUACGAAAUAGUAUUACUUCAAAUUUAA